CGUCGUCCAAGUCAAGUUCAUAAUCAAGCUUCAUUGUCUUAUUUAAAUUCAUUUCAACAGUGAUAAAUUGGACAGAUUUGUUACGUCACUUCACACAUUUUUGUCAUUACAAUUGAAAAUAUAUAAUUUUUAUAUAUUCAAAAUUUUGAUUCAUCAAAAAAAUCAACAAUGAAAUCGACGGGUUUGAUUUUGACCUUUUUCCUGGUCUUUUUUGUUUCAUUGAAUGUCAUUCAAGCGGAAAAACUAAUAUUUCGAGAAAUCCCUGGUCAAUUAAACAUGGUCACACGAGUACCACUAAAUUCAGGUUAUAAGAAUCUAUCGAGUAGAACGAUAGAUCCAGCAACAGCUGAUUCUGGAUUAAUUGAUAUUUUAUCAUCAUACAGACUACCUUCUUACUCAAAAUUUCAUGAUCACUGGCUACUGUUGGAUGGUAUACUUAAUCUUAUGGAAAGUACACCGUAUUUGACCAAAGAUGACAAAACAUAUAUUUUUCAAGUUAUAGAAACUACUUUAAGAAAGGAUAUGAUUGAAAAAAUACUGGAUACAAUAAAUGAUGUUGAGAAAUUGAAUAAAUUGAGUGUUGAAAAUAAAGAAAUUUUAUUUAACAAAACGAAAGAUGCUGUCACAACAAUUAUGUACACUUCAAAUGAUUUAAAUAAAAUGUACAAAGCUAUGCAUACAUGGGUUGCCAAUGUAAAUACAGAAGAAAACGUAAAAACAAUUGGACGAUAUUUGAUACCUGGGUUUGAUAAAGCAGAGCAAGAAAUGUUUUAUCCAGAAUCUGAAUGGAACGAUUUAUGCGUCACUGUGGAGACAAAAAUUAAAUCGAAUAUGUUCAAGAUGUAUAAUGAUGAAGUCAAUAAAUUGAUCAAAAAACGAAAGACAGGAUUGAAUGUCAUUCAAGCGGAUUUCCCGGGACCACUGGAACAUCCAGUAUGUCGAGGCAUUCCUGGUCAAUUAGACACUGCUGUACCACCAUAUUCAGGUUAUCAGAAUCUAUCGCGCAGAACGAUGAAGUCAGCAACAGCCGAUUCUGAAUUAAUUGAUAUGUUAUCAUCAUAUAGACUACCUGCUGAUGCACGUCUAUAUGGACAGUAUCUGCUAUUGGAUAAUAUAUUUGAUUUAAUGAAAAGUUCAGAUCAAUAG